AUGGUCUUCUGGAAGGUCUGGGUCCCCUGGACACUUCUGCUGUUUUUGGGAUUCUGGUUAUUGUGGGUGGGUUCUGGAGACGGGGAAACGUUCCAGAUCACCGCCGUGGCACAGGCGCCAGCGCAAGGCCCUACGCCUCCUCCGUCUUCACCACGGAUCAAUGGCUCCAAAAGGUCGACAGCCGGACUUUUCCGCGACCCCGUUGCUGUCGCGGCCGACCAAUCUGUGCAACAACUUGCGCAGUCUCAGGCAAACGCCUUAGACAAGCUCGGAAAGCGUAUCAACGGCAACCUGAGAGCCAAACACAGCUUGCAGGAGGCGGCCACCGCUUGGCUGGGAAAAAUUGGCCAGCACCUCGCCGAAGCCAUUGCCGCUCUUCAGCAAGCUUCGGUCAACCUGGAAGCCAGUGCACAGGAGCAAGUGGACAAAGCUCUGGGAGGAAUGGGCCCUAUUUGGAACCAAGCUCAGGAGGCCGAGGUGCUGAGAUUGGCGGCAUGUCUGCGGGCUUUCAGCGCUGUCGGUGGCGGCGAGGCUGCAAUUGCAGGAGCAUCUUCUACAGGAGAUGCUGGUGGCCCUGGUACGAGCAGCUUCGCGGCCCCUGGCUCUGCUAUGACCCGCUCGCCGUUGGGCGAGGCAGAUGGCUCAACCCUCUCGACACCAGCCAGGUCUUCCACGUCCGGCGAGGCCAUGGAUAUUUCCAAUCCGGAUCUUUCGGCAAAGCGCAGGUGGAACCAAAGGGGCAAUCGACAUCCACGUCCUUCAAAAAGUCCUCGCCGCGAGCUGGACUUGUCAGCCGAGCCCUGGCCCAGGGUAGCUACAGGACUCACGCCGGAUCGACCACAGCGGCCCCGGCCCUCAGCAGACGAGGAAGAGCUCAUACCGGCGGUCGCGACCCCUCCGUAUACCUGGGCCUCUGCAUGGUGCCACAUCUCCAGGCAUUGUUGGGAACUCGGCGCAGAGCAUGUUGGCCAUGUAGCCACAUCGGAUCCGCAGGAACAGGUGCUUCCGGUGCUCCAUCUCAUUGCAGAUCCGGAACAGGUGGUGACGGAGGGCGAACGGCUCUGGGAGGCCUUGCAGCAAUCCAUUCAGCAGCUAGAGUCGGACGCGGAUACUGGACGCUUCGUGGAGCAGCUCACCUUGUGGCUGGAAGCCGUGCGAGAAAGACCCUUGGCUCUUCCCUCAGUAAGGCAAGGACUACUCACUUUGGCCCAUGCAGUUUCUGGCAAUAUUUACAGUGUGGACGGAUUUGGACCGUCCACCGCACAAGAAUGGCUUUUUCCUGCGGAGCUCCUAGCGCAAGAGAUUCCCUUGGUGGGUCUCUUACCCACAACUUGGGACUCGAUGGCCUUGAGGGUCCUUGUGACGAUGCCGUGUCCGAUGCGCAGAGUACCCGAGGCGCAGCCUCUCCCGCUGCCUGCCAUCUCCCUGGCUCUGGAUCCGCCAUCUCUGUUCUCAGGUGCUUUGCCCCAGGUUGCAUCCAGGUGGCGUGACCUCCGAGGCAUUGCGUUCGAGGGUGUUCACGGGAGACUGGAUUUGCCCCAGCACAUCGAUGUGGUCCAAGACACCGUCACUUUCCGUUCAGGUGACUGUUUUCGCAUUGAUACGGAACAUGACCAUUCUGCUGUUUCGGAAUAUGCGCGUCUCGAGGACGUUGAUCUUGAGACUGCAGAGGCCUCUCUUCAGCCCGCCACGACAGAUGUCUCGAGCAGCAGUCGACCCUGGCCCACCUUCGCGGGUCUUCUUGGAUGCCUUCUGCUUUCGGCUUGUCAGUCUCGGCCCUGGUGUUGGACUAUUGGAGUCGUCUCUUCCGUGGCUAUGCAUCGGCCGGGUGGUUUCCCCUGGCCGGUCCCACCGCACGAGCGUGUCUUCCGCCUCCCCAACAUCGACGACCAUGUGCAGGUGUUGUACUACAGCCCAUUUCUUGGCAUUGGCAACUUUCCUGCCUACUGGGCUGCUCCGGACACAGCUCAUAGUACCGCAUGGGCACAGUUUCUUAAUGAUGACGCGGCAUGGGCUACAGAUUUUUUCCCAGUGUGGCCGGGUCUGCAUUUCAAUGCCCUGGCUUUUGUCCCUGUUGGAAAUGAUCGCGCUACCGUUACUGUGAUCUUGCACUACAGAGGCUUCGGCCGUGCGGCCCUUAUGCCGCGCACGGUUACUGACUCGUGGUUGCAGUCUUUCGCCUCACAACAGGUCAGCGCCGAUGUUGAGGACAUUUUCCUGCCGCAUGCCCUGGAGGCCUGGCGCUUCUACGAUGUCCCGCCGCCUGACUAUCGCUUGCGUAAUGGCGACGUGAUUUACCUUCGGGAUCGUGUCUGGGGGCGGGACCCUCUUGAAGUUGAAGACCCGUGGGAUAUCCAGACCAGCGGCACAGGCCAACAUGCCCCAUGGGCGAUUGGUUUUAGGCUAGAUAGUGACACCGUGGUUGACAUACUCCAGCCUGGACAACGCCCGACAUUGGCUACGAUUCCGGCUGGGGAGACGUGGGCACCGGUACAAUGCACCUUUUCUGGGGAAUUCCACCUUCGAUACCCGGGGAUGUGGACACCGGUGCAAUGGUCAGCCUCCAGCGUACCUCAGCUUAUGCUGAUAAAUGGUGUAGCUGCUGAAGCCAAUGUUGUGGUGGCCCGGGCGGUCCCCCGUCAUGUUGGCCGGGAGUCUCUGGCUGCAUGCACGGGCCUUGUCCGGGACUCGGUCGUUCUUGGGGGAGUGCCGUCGGCUUCCCUCGACGCUGGGGUUGAAAUCCGUAAUGGCGAUGUCGUCUUUGGAGAGCCUGCCCCCAGAUCCGCUGCAUCGCCAACGCAUCUGCUGCGGUGGUGGCUCUUAAUGCCUUUAGUUCGAGGCCACGCCCGUGCCCUCAGCUUUGCGCUCUGCUCCCUCCUUUUCUACACUGCUGACGCCAUGCAGCAGCCUCUGGCCUUCUCCUUCAAUGCCUAUCGUGUGGGCCGUUUCCCUUGGAGGGAGGAUGAUCCGGAAACCGACAUCGCGACUCUUAGCUCGCAUGAUACGGUCGACACUGUGUAUCUAAGCCCGUUCUCGGGGCCCGGCCAGGUUGUCACGUUGCCCACAACCUUCUCGGUUUCUGCCUGGUCUGCUGCUCUGGUCUUGCAGGAUCCGGAUUGGGGCGCCACUGCAUGCCCCGUGUGGCCCACUGUUUCUGCUGGUGCCAUGGUGGCAGUCCCCCGCCCCCCAACUCGAGAUCUGGUUUGUGUACAUGUCACAUCGCAUCUCGAGCACUUUGCCCUGUGUAUUCCGCGGGUCACAUCUGUUGCUUGGCUUGUUGGCGCACUCCGGACUGCACGGGUCUUGGAUGUUCUGUCGCUCCGAAUUCCCCCAGCCCUAGGGCAGAGCUCAGGCGAUAGCCAGGAUGAGAUUGCUUGGCGCCCUGGCGAUCUCAUCGUGGCUCUGCCGCCCGAUGCUUUCACCGGACUUUUCCAAACCCCGGUAUUCACUAGGGCCGAACAGCUUCGUCAUUGUGCAAUAUGGUCUUUGGACUUCUGCUUGGCUGCGAAGUCGGACGCUGUUGUCUGGCAACCGGACACCCGGCCCCUUCUUACUACAGUGCCUCGUGGAUCUCGCUGGAGCGCCCUUGAUGCCACGUUCGAAGGAGCAUUCUCCGAUCGUUAUCCAGGGAGCUGGGCUCCUGUUCCUUGGAUCGCGGAAGACCGCCCUCACCUUGUCCAGAUCGCCGCUUCUGACCGCUUCGUGCAUGUUGUGGUGGAAACACCGGCUGCCUGCUUUUGCACGGCUGUGCACAUGCAUACUGACCGACUGCAGCUCAGGGCUGAUCUCCCCUCUUUCCAGGGUCAACCCCGUGUUCUCUCUAUUCCCGACGAAGAACUUCAGCAGGGCACCACACUUCGCGAUGGAGAUGUCGUCAUAGAGAUUCCCAGCUCCAGCUAUCACCUUCGCCCCAUGCGUCUUGGUCUUCUUGGAUCACUGUUUAUUGCAUCCUCUCAUCGAUGGCUAUGGUUUGGGAGCUUGGGCGUCAUCUAUAGCCUCCAGUGUCAAGUCUUGCCAUGCGGUGCUAGCAACUCGGAUGCCCCGAGCCCUGAUUCGUCGGAAGCCCGCACCAUUCGCUCACGCCUUGGCCGGGGUCGCCGGAGAUUGCUGAGGCAGGCCACUCCCACUGUGGAGGUCAUUCGAGGGCGGUUGUGGUUCCUAAGUUUGCUACUCUCCCACAACUUGCCUUUGCCGCUUGCCGUGGCGAAGGAGGUCAAGGAGGACUACGGCUUGCCUGAUUGGCUGCACUACCGCGCCCCUCAGGAGGCACUUAGCGCAGCCUCCUGGGCACUACCAUUUGUCCUGGAGGCUGGAGGCUCAGCCCGCACCUGGAUUCCGGCCUUGUCGGGUUGUCUCCCCGACCUCCACCUGAUCAGCCCCGGGGCGCCUCUGGCUGCACAUGUGUUCUGCGUCGAUAGCCGUGAAAACAGAUACCCUUUGGUUACUGCCCAUCUUGGCGGCCCUGAUGCUACCGGACCGCCUUUUGGAUGGCAUUGGCACCCCAGCAUCGCAGCUACCUCCCCGACUCGGCUGCGAGAUGGUGACGUUCUAGUGGUAGACCCAACUGCUGAACGGAUCUGGGAUCCCCUGGCCGGUGUUCCGCCAGCUAUCGCGCUUGAUAAGCUAGCUGUCAGUGCGUCUCUGCUGCUAACCGGUCGCCCCCUUGUCGGUCUUCUCCUCCUUGUUGGACUGCCCGCUGUUGAGAUUACUGGGAAGAAUCCCUAG